ACACCGAGAGCUCGCCGGAUCACACUGGUGUUGAAAAUGUAGUCUCCGCUCUUCCUUUUUUAUUUACUCGCUGAUUUUAUUACAUAUUUUUUCGUUGCAAAUGAGCGCGCUGACGUGACGACUUCUGGAGGGAAGAGUCGAAGAUGUGCCAGCGCUUGAGCGAUUGGAAUUAUGGCCAGUCUUCCAGUCCUCGGACACAAACGCAACCACAUUUGCGGCACCGCGAUCAUCCAGGUCGGAUGCCGACUGUGGAACGUAAGUGUGAUAAGUGUCCUCUUCCUGACCAUCUGCAAUAUAAUAAUCACGGUUCGGCUCUUCAACGCCACCUACCGGUGCUCCGUGGAAAACAAGCCGCGCAAACACUCUUUCUUCCCAGAAUCUAGAUAUCUUCCUCGACCCACACUCUCCACUUCCACUUCCAGAUCUGAGUUCUUCCAGACGGCGGCAUCGGCCACGGGGUCGGCUCCGGGCUUGGGGUCUGGAGCAGGGGUCUUCCAUGUGAGUCUGGAGCUGGGCCGAUGGGACGAGUCGCGCAAGUACAAGAUGCUGGACGCGGCGCUGGUCGGCGAGAAGUACAUCAACGCCUCAAGCUCCUUCAGCGUGUGCCUCGCCACACAGAGCUCCGUCGAAAAGCUCGGCUCCCUCCCCCAGGUCGCUCAUCACUGGAUCGGGCCCAUGUCCGUCGCACUCUUCGCGGCCGGGGAUGAGGAGUUCGCACUUCUCCAAGGGUACGUGAAAUACCUGCGGCGAUGCUUCGCGCCGAUCUCGGAGCGGGUGGCGUUCCACGUCCUGUUCCCGGGGAGCCGGAUGCCGAGCAACUCGAGCGCGGCGCCGCGGACGGAGGGGCUGGACUGCCUGCGGCCGGAGAAGGAGCUGGCGCGGCUCCUCAAGUGGCGCUCGGCGGAGCUCAAGUCCUGGCGGAUGCGCAACCCCUACCCGCAGAACGUCCUCCGGAACCUGGCGCGCAAGAACUGCCACACCGACUACGUCUUCCUCCUCGACGUGGACGUCAUCCCCAGCCGGGACCUCGCCCAGGGCCUCGACGCCUUCCUGCGGCGGAGCCCGCGGUGUCCGAGGUGCGCCUACGUCGUGCCCACCUACGAGAUCGACAACCGCGCCCACUUCCCCAAGAACAAGCCCGACCUCAUCCGCCUCGUCCGCAAGGGACUCGCCCAGCCUUUCCACCAUAAGAUCUUCAUCUAUAACCAGUAUGCCACCAAUUUCUCCAGAUGGGAGAACGAAGAGAGUCAAAAUACGGAUGUUCACAUAAGUCACGACGUGACGAAUUUUGAAUUCUUGUACGAGCCAUUUUACGUAGCGCCGGACGAUGUCCCACCGCACAACGAAAAAUUCAUCGGCUACGGAUACACAAGGAACACUCAGGUGUAUGAGAUGUUUGUGGCCGGUUACAAGUUCAAAGUGCUCUCGCCGGUUUUCACUUGUCACUGGGGCUUGGAGAAGAAGCACAAAUGGCCGCCUUGGCGCGAGCGGCAGAACUACGCCAAUCGAGCCAUUUUCGAAGUGUUCAAGCGAGAGAUAUUUGCUCGCUACCAGAAGGAUCCGCUGAAUAUGAUCAAACGGGCGCCCACUGUCUCAAGAAUCGCUGUCUCCAAAUUUCGGUCGAAAACAUAAUCAACGUCCGAUAGCCACAGAGACAAGAGACCCUCCACUGGUAUCUAUGCAAUGGUGGAAGCUUUUACUUUCGGGACUUCAACAUUCAACUGUUGACCUACCUACUAGGUCGAUGGCUAAGGUGAAUCGACGGUUGCCUAUUUUAAGUCAGAGCGACGUGCGAUGUAUCGC